AUGACUGACCCUUUUACCCAGCAACCUCGCCAACCUUACAACAACCAAGGCUACCUGCCCAACGGAGCCAACAACAACAUCCAGCCUGCUCCUGGCGCCACCCCUCUCUUACCGAACCAAGGUCGAGUCCUCCAGACUGGCCCCAUCCGCGUUCUGUGCAUAGCCGAUGUUCGAGGUAACCUACGCUCGCUCAACGACCUUGCAAAGUCAGCACGCGCCGAUCACAUUAUUCAUACUGGUGAUUUCGGGUUUUACGAUGACACCUCGUUGGAGCGCAUUGCGGAGAAGACUCUCAAGCAUGUUGCCCAAUACUCGCCCCUGAUUCCCGAGCAUGUCAAGAAGUCGAUCGCAUCAGGUCCCGGCGGGGUCAAGUCGCGCUUCGCCCCAGAGCAGCUGCCGCUUUCCGAGCUGUCGCUGCUCCUCAGUGGCCAAGUCAAGCUAGACGUCCCCGUCUACACUGUUUGGGGAGCAUGUGAGGAUGUCCGCGUCCUGGAGAAGUUCCGAUCCGGCGAGUACAAGGUUCCCAACCUGCACAUCAUCGACGAGGCUCGAUCAAUGCUACUGGAGAUUGGAGGCGUCAAGCUUCGACUUCUCGGUUUGGGUGGUGCUGUCGUUAUGCACAAGCUGUUCGAUAACGGCGAGGGCCGCACGACCAUUGCCGGCGGUCAAGGAACCAUGUGGACAACCCUUCUGCAGAUGGGCGAACUAGUCGAUACUGCCAAUCGCGUCUACGACCCGACCGAGACCCGUGUCUUUAUUACCCAUGCCUCUCCAGCCCGAGAGGGUAUCCUCAACCAGCUGUCCGUCAGCCUCAAGGCCGACUUCUCCAUCUCGGCCGGUCUGCACUUCAGAUAUGGAAGUUCUUACAACGAGUUCAGCGUUAACCCUACUCUGGAUCACUACCGCGGCAAGUUGGCUGCCUCCAAGGCCUCGUUCAACGAUGUGUGGGAGACGGUCAAGAAUGAGGUCGAGCCAGCCAUUCAGCAGAACGAGGCUCAACAGAACCUGCUCAAGAAUGCCCUUGGACUGGUCGACAAGAUGCCCACGACAGCCGCCGGCGGAAACCCUUUCGGCGGUCCUGUGGGUGGCUCAGCUGCUCUUGGACAAGUCGACGAGAGUGCUUUCAAGAACAUGUGGAAUUUCAAUUUGGCCGAUGCCGCUUUUGGCUGGCUGGUCUUGGAGAUUCAGGACGGACGUAUUGGUACCGAGAUGAGAGCCCAGGGUUUCAACUUCUCCCACCGCGGUGCCAAGCAACAGCCCGCCGCUCCGUUGACCAGCACUCCCUCGCCCGCGCCUGCUGCCAGUGGCCUCUCUUCUGCUCCCACGGCCUCGGUUCCUGCUCCCCCUACUGGUCCCCAGCGUAACCCUUCUUCCGCCGCUCAGGCCAAGUCGGCAGCCGCCACCCCUCUGCAGCCCAAGCCCGCAACCCCCAAGCCUGUUGCAUCCUCCCCUGCCCCCGGUGCUGCGGGUAGCAAGGAGAACGAGCGACCAGCCGGUGCUAAUGGCGCACCGAGUGCUCCCGAGACUGCCCCUUCGCCAGCCCCCCGAGGUGCCGCGGCUGAUAUUGUCGGUCUCUUCGUCAUGAACGUCCAAUCUGACGAGCAGACUCGCGAUAUCUUCCCCGACGAGCACAGGUCCAAGAUCUCAAAGGUGGACAAGUGGGGUACCAACAGCAACAACAAGGUCGCCCACUUUGCCAGCACCGAAGACCGGGAUGCCGCUUUGGCAAGUCUCCCUGAUGAGUACAAGUCUCGCCAAGGUGAGGACCGAUCGAAGCCCCUGGUCAAGCUAUUCCAGCCGCGCGAGAGCAACAAGACUUUCCCCCGCGGUGGUGCAGGCACCUGGGGUAGCACCAGAGGAAACCCGAGCGGCCAGAGUGGCUACCGUAGUGCUACGGACCGUGGGACCGCUAGCGGCGGCGAGAGCGGACCUGAGUCUGGUAGACGAGGAGGUCGAGGUGGAUCUCGUGGUAGGGGCGACCGAGGCGGACGAGGAGGUCGAGGCGGCCGCGGUGGUGUGAAGGGUGGUGAAGGCGGCAAUGCCUCACCGGCUCCGACAUCGUCGGCACCUGUGGAUUCUUAG